AUGUCUACUGUUGCCCAUAAAAAAUCUACACAUCAAUUUGAAAGCUACUUACCACCCCCUGACUACCCAUCUUCAAUCAAUGUCGAUAAAGUAGUACAAUCAGUGACAAAUGCUACUAAACGUUUGUCACAAAUUUCUACAAACACUACCAACUCAAAUAAAAAAAGAAAAUCUCAAAAUAAGAUUGGUCCUUGGAAAUUAGGAAGAACUUUAGGUAGAGGAUCUACUGGUAGAGUAAGAUUGGCUAAAAAUACAAAUACUGGCCAACUUGCUGCCGUUAAAAUUGUUCCUAAAUCAAAUUUCAAGAAAUUGGAAAAUCCAAAAUAUAAACGUAAAAAUGAUGAUGCCACAAGAUUACCUUAUGGUAUCGAACGUGAAAUAAUCAUCAUGAAAUUGAUUUCGCAUCCAAAUAUCAUGGGUCUUUAUGAUGUCUGGGAAAACAAAAAUGAUUUGUAUUUGAUUUUGGAGUAUAUCGAAGGUGGUGAAUUAUUUGAUUAUUUGAUUAAAAAGGGAAAACUACAAGAAUUUGAAGCCAUCAAUUACUUCAAGCAAAUAAUCAAUGGGAUCAACUAUUUACACCAAUUCAAUAUUUGUCAUCGUGAUUUGAAACCAGAGAAUUUAUUAUUGGAUUUCAACAAAAACAUCAAAGUGGCUGACUUUGGGAUGGCUGCAUUGGAAGUUAAAGAGAAAUUAUUGGAGACUUCUUGUGGAUCUCCUCAUUAUGCAUCCCCUGAAAUUGUUGCUGGUAAAAACUAUCAUGGGGCUCCUUCUGACAUUUGGUCUUGUGGGAUCAUUUUAUUUGCCUUGUUGACUGGUCAUUUACCCUUUGAUGAUGAGAAUAUCAGAAAGUUAUUAUUGAAAGUUCAAAGUGGGAAAUUCAAUAUGCCUUCUGAUUUGAGUUUUGAAGCAAAAGAUUUAAUUACUAAAAUGUUGAAAGUCAACCCAGACGAACGUAUCACAAUUGACGCAAUCUUGACCCAUCCUUUGUUAACUAAAUACCCUGAGCCACCUAUCUCAUAUGCUUCAACCACUACUUUAGAUAUCCACAACAUUGAUAUCAAACCUAUUGAAUCGGUUGAAAAAAUUGACAAAGAGAUUCUCAAGAACUUGUCUGUUUUGUUUCACAAUUGUAAUGAAAAUACCAUUAUUUCCCACUUGCUAUCACCAAAUAGAUGUGCUGAAAAGAUGUUUUACUAUUUGUUGAUGAAGUAUAGGAAUGAACAUCUUUCAAACUCAAAUUCAUUUAUCAGCAUCAAUGAUUUAGAAUCAGCUAAAUCCAUACCACGAUCUACAUCGUAUGUGAAAACUAUUGUCACUGAUCAUAUUACUGGUGAAAUGCAUACAACUGUUAAGAAGGAAAAAGUUACCAAUUCAGCAUCAAUAUAUUCUAAUAAAUCAUUAUUGAAAAAAUCAACUUCUGCCAAGGGUAAUGUUUUGUCCAAUAUCACUAAUCGACCAAAUACCCCUAAACAAUACAAGGCUUCUACUUCUAUCACAAAGAAGAAAAUGCUCCAUCAGAAUAAUCAAAUCACUUCCAAGAGUAGAAGUGGAUCAUCCCGUUCUUUGAAAUCUACUGCUUCAUCCACCAGAAGAGCCCAUUCUACAUCUCCUACUAAUGAUGCUAAUAAAGUUCCAGAACUUCCAAAAACUAAUACUAAUUCUAUUACCGUUAAAGAGCAAACUCUUAAAAGAGAUGUCGAGCAACAAAAGAAAACCAAGAGAAACUUAACUGGUACAUUUGGUAACAAAUCCUUGUUGAAUUUCCAGAUGAUUUGUGAGGAGGUUUUUGAUAAUGAAAAGGAGAAUUCCAAACCAAAAACAUUGGCUCCUUCUCUUGCCCCAUCUAGAAACAGUUCUACCAAGAGAGCAGAAAGUGCUUUGGCAAGAAAAGAAAGAGAACUUGCAGAACAAGUACGUCAAAGAAAUGAAGCAAGGGAAUUGAAAUUGAAACAAGAAGAAGAGGCCAAGAGAGAACUUGAACGAGAGAAGAAGAGAAUUGCCGAAGAGAAAAUGAGAUUGGCUGAAGAGGAAAGAAAACUUGAAGAGAAACAAAGAUUACAAGAACAACAACGAUCUGCAAUUGAAAGGUUGAAGAAACGUCAAAGUGCUCAUGAUUUUGAAGGACUAGUAGCAAAUAGCCAUCGUCGUUCUGUAACUGACGAUUUCGCUCCACCAUCAGGAAUCUCCUUAUUGGAUCCAAGAUCCAGUCCAUUAUCAAGAGCAAGAACUUUAGGAUCACCAAACUUAAACAGAAGUAAUGUGAGUAUUGAUGAUAAUGCAUCGAAGGUUUUACACAAAUUAGGUAUUGAUGUUGCACCUUCUCCAAAGAAAUUUUCUAGCAACUUCAAGACUUCCACCUCCAAGAAUUUAUCAGCCUUUUUGGCUCCUACUGUGUCACGAACUUUUUCUUCACAAUUGAAAACUUCAAGUUCCAAGAAUUUGGCUAGUUAUUUAAAUGCUCCAACCGCCGAUGAUGGAGAAAGUCUUAUCAUGGAUGACAAUGAAACUAUAUUGAAAGAGGAUGAUUUAACUAUUGAUAAGUUUAAUGAAAUAGAAAGUUUGAAAUCUGCUCCAUCAUUGAGCAGAAGACAAAGUACUCAAAGUUCUUAUUACAAAUCGAUGCUUAAUGAUAUUGAUGAAACCAAACCGUCUCAAGCUCCAUCUCACGUCCCAUCAUUUGUCAAAGAAAAACAAGAGGAAGACGAAAGUGCAUACGAUAACAUUUCAUUAAUUCCAAAUCCAAGAUUUUCCAGAUUUUCCUUCGGCGGUUUGUUGGGAAAUAAUACUGUUGCAAAUGAAGAAGGUGAUUGGACAAUUAUGAACAAUACAAUCAAUAAUUCAAACACAGUUGUUAGAAGAACGCAUAAUAAAUCAUCCACUGUAUUAGGCUUGGGAAUUAAAGUGAGAGGCACAACAACCAUUCAUGAAGAUGAAGAGGAUGGUGAAGGUGAGAAACCAUUUAUCUCUGUUCCAACAUCAGAAGAAGACGAAGAAGAUGCAAACACUCCAGGAAACAGAAAAUAUCAAGUUCGUGGAAGUGGGAAUUAUGAUUUUGACGGUGAACAAUCGGAUGCUAGUACUGCAGAUACUGAAUAUUCGUACACCCCACUGGCAGCUCAUUUAGAAACUUCUCACAACACCACACAUUUGUUGGAUAAUGAAUUUUCUGAUUUUGAACUUAUAAGCUCAAGAGUUGCUGAUAUUGGCAAGAUAAAUACCCAAAAGCCAAGUUAUGUUGAUUCUAAAGAGACUUUGAUUAAGAGCCAUUCAUCCGGAGACGAACAAGCCACAUUGGAGGGAAAUAACAGCAGAAUAGAUGAACAACAGCAAGGACCAGUCUUGGUUGACGAGGAAGAACAAGAACAACAACAAGAAGAAGAAGUAGACGAUGAUGACGAACCAUGUGCUGACAAUGUUAAUGAUGGAAAUAGCAAUGAAGAUGCUAGAAGUUCAUUUGUUGCUGAAGCUCAAAGUAGUAAUUAUUCAUUAGUGGAGAUGACCAGUGAAAGUCCUGUUGGUGGUGGUUUUAACGAACCUUCUUUUUCACAUGAUAUGAAGAAAUCUAGACAUUCUACUGGAAUUUUCAGCACAACAAUACCAAGAUCUCCACUUCUUCCGUUAAGCGGUGAAAAUGAUGACCAACAAGAUGGUAAAAAAGGGCAAGAUGAACUUGAUGUGGGAUCAGAUGCCCAGAAAAAGAGAGUUUCUAUUGCUGAUACCAAGAUGUUAAUUUCUAGUCCAGUGCAAGAUACUUUUGAUAAUAAACCAAAAGAAUCAUCAUUAUUUAGAAGAUUAUCGUUGAAUCCAAAGAGAGCAGCCCCAAAGGCACCAGGCACCCCAGUAUUAGCACAACAACCAAAUCCACCUGUACUGACUACCCCUGGAUCACCUAAUAAGGGACAUAACAGAUUUUCGAGAAUAUCACUUGGUUCUAAACAUGUAUUACAAACUGAAGAUAAGACACCAAAGAGUAGUAAUUGGUUUAAGAAAUUUUUCCAUUCUUUGGCUGGUGGAUCCUCAGAUGGUGAUGAUGCUAAAGUUACUAGCAGAGAUAUUAAAAUGAUUGAUUCUACAUUGACUGCAUCACAACUUAUUCGAGUCAUUAAGAACCAAUUAGAAUUGAAGAAAAUUGAAGGAUCAAUAUCGAAAGUUACUAUUGAUGAAGAAUUUGGGUUAAUUACUGGUGUUAUUCCAAGUAAAUUCUCCAGUGGUAGAAAGUUAAAGUUCAAAAUUGAAGUUAUUGAUUUGAUUAAUUCGUCUACAUUGCAUUUGAUUAGAAUUAAAGGUAAUGACAAGGGAUUCCAAAAUUUAGUUAACAUUGUGACAUAUAUUAUUAAACAAGAGGAACAAGCUAAUAAUUCAACAAGAUGA